GUAAGAGAAAGACAGUAAAAGUAAGAUGUCGAAGUUGGUAAUAGUGUUGUCAGUUCUCGCGGUCUUCUUGAUCGCUGAAUCAGCAUGUCAGUUGAUAAUUCGUCCUACUUACCGGCCUCCACCGCCGCCAAGAAGGCCCGUCAUAAUGAGAGCUCGGCGUGACGCGGGUGAUGAACCACUCUGGUUGUACCAAGGAGACGUACCGAAGGCGCCUUCAUCAGCCGACCACCCAGUGCUGCCAUCUAUUAUUGACGAUGUAAGAAUGGACCCCAACAGGAGGACGGCGCGCAGUCUGAGCACUCCCUCGCACGUGUCGCACGGAGGUGGCAGCCGGAGGUCCUCCAGCCGGGACACAGGACCCACUCACCCAGGGUAUAACAGACGUAACGCCAGGUCUCUACACCUGCCUGACUACAAGUUCCCUCUGCCCACACUGCCACCUUUCAACCCUCGUCCUAGGUACCCUUGGGAUGACAACCCUCGGUAUCCGAUUUAUGUCUAAAAUGUUUAAUGUUGUGUUGACUGGUAUAGUCAGUAAUUUUGAUGAAUGUUGUUUUGUUUGUAAUUAACUUGCAUAAUAUGUCUCAUUUAUUUUUUUUACAUCUGUAAAUAUUAUUAUCCUAAUGUCAUAUUUAUUUUUUGGUUUAUUAAAGCUGUGUGGUUAAUUAAUUUCUUAUUUUUUUAACUUUGAAUUUCGUGUGCUGUAUACUAGUUUAUUAUUGUAAUCAUGUCUUUACGUUCCUCGCUCUCUGUUAUGUACAUUGCUAUGAUUAAAUUAUCUACAUGAAU